CAGAGCCCCCUCCCCCCACACCCAAUUGCUGAUUGCAAAUAUAAAUUAAGAAACAGUGUCCAAAAUCCCAGUAUCCAUACCCAAGAUUCAUCCCCAAGGAUUGCAUUAAUCUUCACUCAUGGCCUCUGCAAAUGAUCUCAAGAUUCUAUGCUUCAUCACAUUCACAAUCUCCUACCUCACCUCCAAUUAUUCAGCACAAUCUGCAGACACAUACAUAGUUCACAUGGACUCAUCAACCAUGCCCAAACCCUUCUCCAGCCACCACACCUGGUUUUCAGCCAUAGUUUCAGCCAUAUCAGAUGAUUCAGCACCGCCCCCCACCACCACCAAUAAGCUUAUCUACAGUUACACUAGCUCCAUCCAUGGAUUCAGCGCAAUUCUCACUCCUUCUGAGCUUGAAUCCCUAAAGAAUACCCCUGGAUACCUUUCCUCCACUCCAGACUUUCCUCUUAAGCUCCACACCACCCACACUCCCCAGUUCCUUGGCCUGAGCUAUGAUAAUGGAGCGUGGCCGGCUUCAAGUUAUGGAGACGGUGUCAUCAUUGGCGUGGUUGAUACCGGAGUCUGGCCUGAAAGUGAGAGUCUGAAGGAUAAUGGAAUGAGUGAAGUCCCAGCAAGAUGGAAAGGAGAGUGUGAGACUGGCACCCAGUUCAAUUCCUCCCUCUGUAACAAGAAACUGAUCGGAGCCCGGUUUUUUAACAAGGGUUUUACAGCCAAUAACCCUAAUUCAAACACUGUAAUGAGCUCGUGUCGCGAUGCAGAUGGACAUGGAACACAUACUUCUUCCACCGCUGCAGGCAGCUUCGUCAAUGGUGCGUCCUAUUUUGGAUAUGGGAGUGGGGUCGCUAGCGGCCUGGCGCCGCGAGCUCAUCUAGCCAUGUACAAAGUAGUUUGGAAUCUAAGCCAGGUUUACUCGUCAGAUGUUCUUGCUGCAAUAGACCGAGCGAUUCAAGAUGGUGUUGACAUCCUGUCCUUGUCCUUGGGGCUAGGAGGGAGCCAACUCAAUGAAAACCCCAUUUCAAUAGCCUGCUUCACAGCUAUGGAGAAGGGAAUUUUUGUAGCAGCAUCAGCUGGAAAUUCAGGGCCACUGUUUGGCACCAUAGAAAAUGGAGCACCAUGGCUGGUAACAGUUGGGGCUGGUACCAUAGACAGAGAAUUCCACGGCGUCUUGACUUUGGGAGAUGGGGUUAGAAUCUCUUUCCCUUCUUUGUAUCCUGGGGAUUGUUCUCCUAAGGCUAAACCCCUUGUUUUUCUAGAUGGAUGUGAAAGUAUGGAGAUUCUGGAGAGGGUUCAGGACAAGAUUGUUGUCUGCAGAGAUGGUCUGAUGAGUAUUGAUGAUCAGAUUGAUAAUGUAAGAAACUCAAAAGUUCUGGCAGCAGUCUUCAUCUCUAACUUCUCCUUCUCGGAUUUCUACACCCGCAGCGAGUUCCCAGCAGCGUUCAUUGGCAUCAUGGAUGGCAAAACCGUCAUAGAUUAUAUAAACAAGAGCAGUGAUCCAAUAGGAAGUACGGAAUUUCAGAAGACAGCUCUUGGUACCAAGCCAGCACCAAAGGUGGAUGCUUAUAGCUCUAGAGGGCCAUUUGCAUACUGCCCAAGUGUGUUGAAGCCUGAUAUUCUAGCUCCUGGCACAUCAGUACUGGCCUCUUGGUCACCAUUAAGUCCAGUUUUCGCCGGUCAUGACCGGCAAUGGUUUGGCAGCUUCAACAUCCUGUCAGGGACAUCCAUGGCAGCUCCUCAUGUGGCGGGCGUUGCGGCAUUGGUUAGAGCUGCACACCCUGAUUGGAGCCCAGCCGCGAUCCGGUCUGCCAUCAUGACUACUACAACUGAUUCAAUGGACAAUACCAUGAACCCCAUAAAAAAUAAUCUUAACCUGAACUCCCCAGCCACCCCACUAGACAUGGGAGCUGGGCUCAUCAACCCCAACAAGGCACUUGAACCUGGACUCAUCUACAAUGCCACUGCCCAAGACUACAUAAACCUUCUCUGUGGAAUGAAGCUCACAAAGAGGGAAAUUCAAGUCAUCACAAGGGCAUCCUCCCACAAGUGUUUGAACCCUUCUCUGGAUCUCAACUACCCUUCUUUCAUUGCCUACUUCAAUGAUGUGGGUUCAUCGCCAAAUGAACCAAUUGUACAAGUAUUUUCAAGGACUUUAACCAAUGUUGGAGAAGGUGGGUCAAGCUAUACUGCAAAGCUCACUCCUAUGGAAGGGUUGAAGGUGAAGGUAGUGCCAAGGAAACUGGUGUUCAGUCACAAGUAUGAGAAGCUGAGCUACAAGCUUAUUUUAGAGGGCCCAAAGUGGAUGGAAGAGGAUGUGGUUCAUGGGCAUUUGAGUUGGGUUUCUAGUGAUGGGAAGUAUAUGGUGAGGAGUCCAAUAGUGGCCACAAGCAUCAUUCUUGGUGACCCUUAAGGAUAAGUGCUUUUUGGCUAGCUUUCCAUGAUCACUAUGUAGAAGUACAUGAAUGUUUUGGUCAUUUUCACCAAAUAGCAUAGCCAUGAGUGCUGUGUGGUCUACCAUCGCUAUGUUGAAGUAAAUAAAUGUCCCCCCUUUACCAUGA